AGAAAGAGACUCAGGAAGUCGACAGGGGAAGUUUAGUGGUUUCUUGCGUCAUUGCUUGCUGCUGCUUGGUUGUGCCGGUGCAGAGUGAAGAGUGCCACAAAGACAGCAUGACCUAGCACAAUGCCUUAAAACACAGCUCAUUAUAUCACAGUAUAUAGCACUGCACAUCACAGAGUGGAACAAUAAAACUUAAUAAAAUGCAAUGAAGAAAACACAUUGUUGCAUAUUAACAGUAUAUUGUAAAUGUAUAUGAGCACCUCAUGGUCACGUUACCAUUAACCAAGUUAUACAGAAAAUACAUAUAUCAGACACACAAACACACAGGGCUGGAUGUGCGAGAGGUUGAGGCAGGAGAAAAGAAGAGAUGCGGAGACUCCGGAGAAAAGGAGGGAACAAUGAGAAGGUGUUUGGCUGUGACCUGUUGGACCACUUGUCCACUACCUGUCAGGAGAUUCCCCAGGUGCUGCGAAGCUGCAGUGAAUUCAUUGAGGAGCAUGGGGUGGUAGAUGGGAUCUACAGGCUAUCUGGGGUGUCAUCCAACACACAGAAACUAAGGGGUGAGUUUGACAGUGAGGGGACCCCGGAUCUCAAUAAGGAUGUGUACCUGCAGGACAUUCACUGUGUCAGCUCUGUCUGCAAGGCCUACUUCAGAGAGUUACCCAAUCCCCUCCUCACAUACCAGCUCUAUGACAAAUAUGCUGAAGCUGUGGCGAUUCAGUUGGAGGAGGAGAGGCUGGUUAAGAUUAAGGAUGUUCUGAAAGAGUUACCCGCUCCCCAUUACAAAACUCUGGAGUUCCUGAUGCGCCACCUGGUCAAGAUGGCUUCUCACUCCUCACACACCAAUAUGCAUUCCCGGAACCUCGCCAUUGUUUGGGCUCCGAACCUUCUCAGGUCAAAGGACAUUGAGGCGUCAGGGUUUAACGGCACAGCAGCCUUUAUGGAGGUGAGGGUCCAGUCUAUCGUGGUGGAAUUCAUCCUCACCCACGUGCCCCAGCUGUUUCCUGAUUCAGGUAUUACGGAGCGUCGGAAGUCACUCCCAUCUCCCUCUAUACACAAUCCAGAGGAACCUUUCUUCCGGGCCAUUCCAUUCCAGUUAGGCAACAUCAGCCCAGGGGACGGUCCCCCUGCCAUGCGUUCCUACCACGCCAUCAUAGACGGGACAGACAAGAGGAAGGGAUCUCUUAAGGGCAGGAAGUGGAAGUCCAUCUUCAAUUUAGGAGGCAGACUCCAUGACCCGAGACGGAGGAACAAGAACUCGGCCAAAGAAAAAGAGAGAACUGUCUUGAGGCCAGCGAAGAGCAUGGAUUCCCUGAGCUCUGUGCCCUAUCCGCAUGAAGGUUCCAGACAACGACCCCCUUCCACUGUGAUGUCCCCCUUGGCUCAGCCCUCUCCCUGUACCCAGGGGGGUGCGGAGGGAGGGGCAUCGAGUAGUGGUGGUGAUAUGGGCAGCGGGUAUGCUGUGACCUACCGGAGGGGUCAGGGCGCUAGUGUGAGUGUAGUGAGCGGGGGCGGGGGAACACAAGGCAUAUACAGUCGACUGGACAGUCACUGUGGUGGGGGCAACAGCACUGAGGCUCUGCAACCCCCAUCCAGAUCCCCAGGACUCUCCAGCAAAGCCGACCGGCGGGCAGGGAUCCACAUCUCCGGACCUUUCUCGGUCACAGUACCCCUUCACAUCACAUCAGGCCUGGCCUUUGGGGUGCUACAGGGGGGUGGAGCGGACAGGGGCAACCAUAGAGGAGGACAGGAGAGUGGAGAUAAAGGAGAGGGCGGGGAGGGUGACAGACGGAAGGGAAGGGAGGGGGAGAGACAGAAGGCAAGGGAGGGUCACAGACAGGAGGCAAGGGAGGGUGACAGACAGGAGGCAAGGGAGGGUGACAGACAGGAGGCAAGGGAGGGUGACAGACAGGAGGCAAGGGAGGGUGACAGACAGGAGGCAAGGGAGGGUGACAGACAGGAGGGAGGGGAAGGGGAAAGGCACAUCCGAGUAGAAGUUAAGAGGGGGGACAAGACUGACCUAGGCAAGAGAAGAGAUGAAGAGGUAACAGGAGAGAGGAGAGGUGAGGCAGAGGAAGAUAAAGUUGAAGAAAAAUGGGGAAGAGGAGAAGAGGAGAGAGAAGAGGAAGUGAAUGGGGACUGUGUAUCUAAGCCAUCAGAAGAGAGCAUUGAAGAGAGUCAGGUUCAGGGUGAGGGUGGAGAAGGGGAUGCAGAAAACCAUGUCAACGAUGAGGAUGAAGAGGGAGAAUACAUGGAUAUGAAAGGCUCUGUGCAGACUGCCCUGGAUGCCCCAGAUAUGUCAGGUGUCAGAAAUGAAGUAGUUGCCAUAGAUUUGCCGUUUCCUCUGAUGGAGGAGGACGAUGAACAAGACCAGGACUGUCCACUGGACUUUCAGGAUACUUUUGGAUUCCUUGACCUUAUGGACAGCAGUGUCUCCAGCCAGAUGUUCCAAGAGUUCUCAGUGGAGCCUCAUCAUGGGGAUGAUGAGUAUGAAGACGAGGUGGAGCAUAGAUCCCCAGGACUCUCACAUGACAGACCAGACCCUGUCACACGGCCACCUGUAGACGCACAGACACAAAUACAGACACAAACGCCCAUACACAGGCCUCUAAGCAUAGAUCAGUAUGGGCGAGCCAACAAGUCAAUGAGUCUGCCUUACAUGUCCCGGCCCUUCCUGCCUGCUCUGUCUUCCUCCUCCUCUGAAGAAGAAGAAGAGGAGGAUGAAGAAGGUGAUGAUUAUGACAAAGAAGAUGAGGAGGAUGAUGAUGACAUGUUCUGUAAAAGUCUACCAUCUAGUUUGGUGUUCAACAGACUGACAUGGAGUGGACCUCAGACUGACUUGGAGAACAGUUUGUCCCCAGCCCCUGUGCCCUCACAACCACUGGACGGUGCCUCUGAUGACGGACCAAUUCCUAGUUCUGAGGCCAGAAUUCCCCCUGAGCACUUGGACAUUGAUUACCCUGACUGCUGUCACCAAUCAGUGGAGGUUUUGAGGUAUAGCAAAGCUGAAGAAAAGAAUAGUCUGGAAGCGAUGAAACUGGUGGAGGAGGAGGAUGCAGAACAGGAUCGAGGCAGCCAGGAGAAAAACCAGGCAGACACCCUGACCAAUACUUGCACAGAAAGAUCGCCUUCACUUUGCAGCACUGACAUAGAAGAAAGUUGUCACUUGGUUGAAACCAGCAUCAUGGAGGAAGAGGAAACUCCAGAUGACAUUGAGAAGAGCCACGCUUCAGCAUCCGCAUCAACUGACUGUGAGGAGACCUCACUGCAGACCACUAGAGUUCAUCUGAAGCUCAAAGACGAGGAAGAGGUCCUGAAGAGUCAAUGUGCUGAAGAAGGUGUGAUUUCAGAGGGUUAUAAUGGUGAUACAGUGAGCGAAGCCGAGGCAGAAAACCCACAAGAGCAUUUACUCACGGCCUGUCUUAUUGUUUCCUGUGCUGAAGAGCCAGAGAACAUAGUCAAUGAGCAAUCAGAGGAGGUUUCUAGAGAUUCAGCUGGGGAUGUAAAAGAGCAUCCUGAAAAAAGUGCUAAGAGGGAGAGAGCUGGAGAGGAGAAGAAGGUAGAGGAAGUGAUGGAGGAAAGAGAUGAUAGAAACGGGGGAGGAUGGGACAAACAAGAGGGAGAAGAAACAGCAUGUGAGAGCGAGGGAGAUAUGGGCAAAAGAGAGGAGAGAGAGGUAUUAAAGGAAUUGGAAAAAACAGAAGAAAAUUAUGUGGGGGUUAGGGUGGGAGUGGAGGAGAAGGAACAAGGAGGAAUGAUUGAAGAAGAGGAUGACAGGAUAGCAGGUGAUGAAAGGGAAGUAGGAGAAGAGGACACAAAGCAGGAAGAGGUCAUUUAUGAAGAGAUGAUGAGCAUAGUAGUGAGGGAUGACAUGAUGGAAAGUGGAGAGAGGAAGGAUAGGGAAGGAGAGACUGAGGGAAGUACAUUUAUAGAGGAGGUGAUAGAAACCAAAGAAGAUGGAGAGAUGAUUGGAGUACAACAGAAAGAGAUCAUGAAAGAGAUAGAUGAGAGUAAGGCAAGUGAAGAGAUGAGUGCAAAAGAAGAGGCGAAGAAAGCGGUGGAAGGAGUGGAUCCCAUGGGAGAGACUAAGGAAGAGGCAGCUGAAGGAGUGGAUACCAUGGGAGAGACUGAGGAAGAGGCAGCUGAAGAGAGGGUGGAAGGUGUGGAUACCAUGGGAGAGACUGAGGAAGAGGCAGCUGAAGAGAGGGUGGAAGGUGUGGAUACCAUGGGAGAGACUGAGGAAGAGGCAGCUGAAGAGAGGGUAGAAAAGAUGUCGAUUGAUAAUGAGAAACAGGAUCUAGAGGCACAGCACGUUUUAGAGAGAAGACAAAGAGAUAUAGAUCUUAUAAAGGAUGUUGUGGGAGAGGGAUAUGAGGAGGGAGAGAAAGAGAUGGAAGUGGGAGAUGUAAUCUGGGAGGAAGAAGGAGAUAGUAUACGUGUGGUCCAACGGGAGACAGAUGAGAAGAAGAAGAAGAAAGGAGAGACGGAAGAUCAACUAAAGACACCAACAAUAGAGGAAAGAGAAGAAGAACUGAAAGAGAUCCAGAUAAACAACAACAAAAAAUCUGAGGGAGAAAACGAAGCGAUGGAUAGUAAAGUGGGGUCUGAAAAAGGGGUGGGGAGAGUGCUGGUCGUGUCUAAACAACAAACACCCCCUAAAGUGUAUCAAGCAAGAUCAGUGCCAGUGGUACCACCCAAGCCCCAUCACUGCCGAAUAACUGCACUGAACCUCAGACAACAGCAGCACCAGAGGGAGAGGAGAGAGACAGACAGAGACAGUGGAAAGGGAAAGGUACACAGGACUUUGGGACAGCAAGAUAAGGAGAGAAAGAUGGAAGGAAAGCCAGAGCAUGACAAAGUCAGCGAGACAGAACGAGGGUGGAAUGAGGAUGGGGAAGAUGAGGGCACAGGCAAAAAGGAGGCACAGAGUGGGGGGGUGAGGGAGAGGAGGAGAGAUGUGGAUGAGGGGGGAGUGAAAGACAUGAUGAAGAAUAGUCCAGUCAGUAUGUGUUUUGAUGAAGCUGUUGCCAUGGGAAUCAAGAGAGGGAGAGAGAAAGAGGGCAGUGAAAGGGGGAAAAAAAAAGAGAGAGGAUAUGAAGUACAAUAAAGAGAAAGAGGUGGACAUAAAAGCCAGUAAAUGUUAUAGUCAUUGACUCUGUCUGGAUGGUUAGUAUACAAACGUAUCAUUUAUAUAUAGUUAUAUUUUCCAUACUGCCUGUAUUAUUCAGCCUGGGCCUAGAACCCCGCCCCACUAAUAUUCAGGGCUACUCAGAAAACUGAUCCUCCGCAGACUCCCCCCUCCCCUCCAUCUGUAAAUGUCCUCCUUUUUUGUUGCUAUUUUCAACCUAUUAAACUAACUUGCCAUUUUAA